AUGACCUCUCAUAUUUCCUUCGCUGCGAGUGCGCCCCAUCCCGAAAGACCUUCAGUCUCCGCCCGAAGACGUUCACGGCGACUCUCUUCUAUAUCUGCGACCCUCGAAGAUGGACAUGACGUUGCUCAGCCUGUACCAGCGGCCCAGACAAUUACAGAGGAAAUAGCCGAGAUUAAACGAUACGAAGACUUCACCACCAUCGACUGGGUACAGGAUGCGGCUCAGGAACAUGUUCGGAGGCGCAGACGGCGAAGGGAGACUGCAAAGUUCUUCGACAAAGAUGGUGCACUGGGCUGGAGACGAAAGAUCUGGGAAAGCUACGACGCAGCACAAGCAUGGGUUGUGGUCACUCUUGUGGGCAUCGCCAUUGGCCUGAUAGCAGCCGCAUUAAACAUCAUAACCGAAUGGCUUGCCGAUGUCAAACUCGGGUACUGCACGACUGCCUGGUAUCUGAAUGAGGGCUUCUGCUGCUAUGGCUCCGAGGAGGGAUGUGACGAGUGGCACCAUUGGACGUCGUUUUCAGUGGCCAACUAUUUGAUCUACGCCAUCUUCGCGGUCCUACUGGCCUUUCUGUCGGCCUAUCUGGUCAAGGCGUACGCACCGUACGCUGCUGGGUCUGGCAUUUCCGAAAUCAAGUGCAUCAUCGCUGGCUUUGUCAUGCAAGGCUUUCUCGGUUUCUGGACUUUACUCAUCAAAGCGCUGUGUCUUCCUCUGGCUAUUGCGUCAGGCUUGUCAGUUGGCAAGGAGGGUCCCAGUGUGCACUAUGCGGUGUGCGUCGGAAACGUUAUAUCAGGCUUCUUUGACAAGUAUAAGCUCAGUGCUUCAAAAAGGCGGGAGAUUUUAACAGCCUCCGCCGGAACUGGCGUUGCGGUGGCUUUCGGCAGUCCUAUCGGCGGCGUUCUCUUCUCGCUGGAGGAGAUGGCGUCUCAUUUUCCGUUAAAGACUUUGUGGCGAAGCUACUUCUGCGCCCUGGUCGCGACCUCUGUGCUGGCGGCCAUGAACCCCUUCCGGACUGGACAGCUGGUUAUGUUUUCUGUCACCUAUGAUCGCGGCUGGCACUUCUUUGAGAUCAUCUUCUACGUGAUGCUUGGAAUAUUCGGCGGACUAUACGGUGCUUUCAUGAUCAAAUGGAACCUGGUGGUUCAGAGCUUCCGGAAGAAAUAUCUCGGUCAAUAUGGCAUUCACGAAGCGGUCGUACUCGCAGGAGCAACAGCACUGCUUUGUUACCCGAACAUGUUUUUACGCAUCGAUAUGACUGAGAUGAUGGAAAUGCUGUUCCGAGAGUGUGAGGCCGACUAUGACUAUGAUGGGCUAUGCGAGAAGAGCAACCGGUGGUCUCUAGUGUUCUCUUUGGCCGUUGCCACCUGCCUUCGAGCGUUUCUGGUCAUCGUAUCCUACGGCUGCAAAGUGCCCGCCGGAAUCUUCGUCCCUUCUAUGGCCAUUGGAGCUUCCUUUGGGCGUAUGGUUGGCAUACUUGUUCAGGCUCUGCAUGAACGAUUUCCAGACUCUGGUUUCUUUGCUGCGUGCGAGCCGGACGUGCCGUGCAUUACGCCGGGCACGUACGCCUUUCUGGGUGCUGGAGCUGCGUUAAGCGGUAUUAUGCAUAUUACUGUUUCAGUUGUCGUCAUCAUGUUCGAACUGACCGGAGCUCUGACAUAUAUCUUGCCUACGAUGAUCGUGGUAGGUGUGACAAAGGUGGUAGGAGACCGCCUGACGAGCGCUGGUAUCGCAGACCGCAUGAUCUGGUUCAACGGUUUUCCUUUCCUCGACAACAAAGAAGAGCACAGCUUCGGUGUCCCUACAUCACAAGUAAUGACUAGCGCAGUCGCCGUGCUGCCAUCGACAGGCAUGGCGGUCAAAGAUCUACGGAAGCUUCUGGACGACACGAAUUUCUCGGGCUUUCCAAUUGUCGACGAUAUGCAAGAUAAGACUCUUGUUGGCUACAUUGGCAGAACGGAGCUCGAUUUCGCCAUGGAACGUGCAAAGAAAGGCGGGAUGAUCGCACCCGAGACUCGAUGCGUAUUCAUUGCGGAAACCAGUGAUGACCCACAAACGCCGAUAGUCACGGAGCCUCCAGUCAAUUUCGACAGCAUGGGCCUGGCUACCGUUGACUUCAGCACCUUCGUUGACCGGAGUCCGAUCACCGUCCACCCGAGGCUCCCCUUGGAAACGGCAAUGGAGCUUUUCAAAAAGAUGGGGCCUCGUGUCAUUCUGGUCGAGCAUCAUGGCACAUUCGAGGGUUUGGUCACAGUGAAAGACUGCCUGAAGUACCAGUUCAAGACGGAGCAUAUCGAUCACGCGGCUCAACAGCAGAACGAACCACAGAGCUCCGACAAGCUUGGAGAUGUCAUACAACGAGUCAGUGAGUGGUUCGCAGACCGCAUUAACAACCUGUCGCGAGGCAAGCUCAAGCUCUCGCCCCGGCAGGCGCAGCGCUGGCAGCGAGUUCCGACUCAAGCUCAGGACCAUCCUGCCGAUGAUUAUCGCAACGAAAGCGAGAUUCUAGACGGUACUGAAUUCGUCAUCGAAGACGAACCUGACGGCGUAGAGAUGGAUGUACGAUAG